GCUCUUCCGAUCGACGUCGGCUGCACUUCACAUUUCAUAUUAUUAGUAUUGUUAUAUCAUCUACCACCGACGUCGUCACGCUUCGAUGGGUUAUGAUCAGUCGAAGUCGAUUGAUGGCGAUGUGACGGCCCCGAUGAUGCUACACGGGCGCGUGGCCAUUGUCACCGGUGGAGCCGGCGGCAUCGGCCCCGCCGUGUCGAAGCACCUGGCGUCCCUGGGUGCGCGCGUAGCCGUGGCGUACAUCGGCGACCCAGCGCCUGCUCUGGAGCUGGUGAGCACCAUCAACAAGAACUCAUCGUCGUCGGCCGGCGGCGGCGGGGAUCAGCCGCGCGCUGUUGCGGUGGCGGCGGACGUGUCGGACGCAGCGCAGGUGAAGGCUCUCUUCGACGCGGCGGAGGCGGCGUUCGGCGGCGGCGGGGAGGUCCACAUCCUGGUGACGGCGGCGGCGGUGCUGGACUUCUCGUACCCGGCGCUGGCGGAGACGAGCGAGGCGUCGUACGACGCCACGUUCGGCACCAACGCGCGGGGCACCUUCCUGUGCUGCCGCGAGGCCGCGGCGCGCCUUGCCCGCGGCGGCCGCGGGCGGAUCAUCACCUUCUCCUCGUCGGGGGUCGGGUCGCUGCGCCCUGGCUACGCGGCGAGCAAGGCGGCGGUGGAGGUGAUGACCAGGAUCCUGACGCGCGAGCUGCGCGGCACCGGGAUCACCGCCAACGCGGUGGCGCCGGGGUCCACGGGCACGCCCAUGUUCUACAACGGCAAGACGGAGGAGGAGGCGGAGCGGUACAUCGCCGAGGCGCCGCUGGGAAGGCUCGGCAUGCCCGAGGAUAUCGCGCCGCUGGUUGGCUUCCUCGCCAGCGACGCUGGCCACUGGGUGAACGCCCAGGUUCUGCGCUGCAACGGUGGCACCAUCUAGCACUCCAGCGGUAGCGCUAGUGCUAGCGCCCGGCCGGUUAUAUUUUCAACUAUUAUUAAUUAAUUACCUUACCUUACCUCCGCGCGCGUAGCAUUAUAUUGUUGCUUGCAUCAUCGUCUCAGUACAAUUACUAGUACUAUGUACUGUCGUGUUUUCGUCAAUAAAAGACUGUUUUUGCUUCAUCUUGUAAUGCUUAAUAUAUAAUUGAGUACCAAGCAAA